AUGUCUUCACCAAUCGAUUCCACGCCAGCCAAUAGCGAGAUUUCCGAACAGUCAUCCGGCAGUGAAGACUACGCCCUUGACAAAGAAAUCUCCCUUGACAAAAUCAAAUCUGCCGACGAGGCAUUGGCGAUAAUCCAAGGCAGUGGAUUCUUCGACCAGUCUCUCUACUCGUUUGUUGUCCUUACCUCGGUGGAUCAUGAAAUUUCAAUUGAUCUUAAAACUUCUCGACGCAAAGUUCCCCCGUGUUCGAAAAGGAUUAUUCUCCCAGAGGAAAGUUAUAACACUGAAAAUGCCAAAUUAUACCGAUUCAGCCCCGCAUGCGUGGUUUGUCCAACAGCUGACCCGUUGGAAUAUCAACGGUCAACUUAUGCCUGA